AUGCCUGCCGCUGCAACUGCCACAGCGUCUGUCGCACCGGUGCCCAAACCUGCGAAGCCGCAACACGUCCCUGAUAAAAAGUACAAAUGCCAAUUUUGUGCUCGGGCAUUCAGUCGAAGUGAACACAGAAGCAGACAUGAAAGAUCGCACACCAAAGAGCGACCUUUCAAGUGCGCAAAAUGCCGUAGUACCUUUGUGCGACGAGACCUUCUGCUACGACACGACCGAACUGUACACGCCAAAGAUGGAGGUGUACCGCUGGUCAGCGAAGUCAAGAGACGGCCGGGCGCAAAGCCAACACCCAAGGCGACUCCCACAAAGCCGUCCAUCGACUUGGAUACGGCGACGAUGGAACAAAUAGAAGCAAGCAGUGAUGCUACGGCCGCCCUGGCAAACAACCCAAACGAUCAACUCGACGAAACCUCGACGCCCUACUCCCCCGACCAUACCACCAUGUUUGAUACGUCGGUCCCCUUCAUGCCCGGCAUGCCCGGCUCCAUGCCCAUCAACCAGAUGCCGUGGGAUCAUUUCAUGUCAAACUCGCUUUCCUUCAACAGUACCAGUACCGUCCAGCCCCAUCCGAAUCAACUACCGCCAAUGAUGGAGAGAUACCCAUCCGGAGGCGACGCCCUCGCCCCCGGACUUCAGUCCCUUACCGGUUCCAUGCCCAUCUCCGGCCCCGCGACCCCCAACGGGCUCUCACCCUUCCCCUUCAUGACCGGACCAGUCUCACCUGUAGAUUAUCGACGCUCGCCCGGUCCAAGUCAACCUAUCACCACGCCUAAAGUACCUCAACUUCAGUCCGACGAAGACUACAACAUGAUGCAAGAAGCAAUGAAGCGAUGCGAUAACGAACGGACGACCCAACCCAAUUUCGAAAUUCAAUCUCGAGGAGAGAUUAAUGCCUGUCUCGAGUCAUACUUCAAACUCUUCCAUCACCAUCUACCCUUCUUACAUCUUGAGUCUUUCGAGCCUAGCCAAGUGUCCCCAGCAUUGCUUCUUUCGGUCCUCUCCAUUGGUGCUUUAUACUCAUUCAACCAGGACAAAGCUUUCAUGUUUCAUAUAGGGUCGAAGCUGCUCGUCAGUCAGUUCCUGCAGAACAAAGAGAGCUUCAGCUCGCGCAAGUGUCCGCUGUGGACAAUGCAGAGUACGCUAUUGAACAUGAUAUUCGCCAGUUGGAGUGGGGAUCCGAAAGGAUUGGAAUGGGCAGGUUCCAUCAAGAGUCUCGUUGCCAACAUGGUCGCCGGCAACCGGUAUGAAUUGAAGAUUCGGUCAGAAGCGAGAGAAGGCGCACAGCCCACCCACGCAGAAUGGGUCGAAGACGAAGGGUGCAGGCGCACAUACUACGCAGUGUACAUCUUCUUCGGUCUCCUCACUCUGACCUACGAUCAUACCCCAGCUAUCAGUUUUAAGGAAUUCGAAACCCUGGAGCUGCCAUCAUCAGAGUCAUUAUGGAACCUCGAAGUCGUGGAUGAAGAUUCAUGGCGAGACAGCUUGACCGCCUCGACCAUCAUCACUGUGCGAGAAGCAAUUGAUAGUCUUUACCAGGGAGAUGCAACGCGAUACAGCGCCUUCGCAACGAGAGUCAUGAUCAAUGCUCUAUUCCUGGCCGUGUGGGAACACAAGCGCAACUUCGAGGCCUUGCAAGAUGUGGUCACAGAGUACAAGCUCCGUCUUGCCCUAGAGACGUGGGAAAAGUCGUUGGAAAAAUGCGAGCCUGAAACAAUAGUUGUCCAGCUGAGCGCACCUCACCAAGGUCACCCACUGAUCUUCAACGCCAUGGCUCUCUAUCGAAAUACUUGGGCACGUUUAGAGGUCGAUCUGAAGUCAGUCCAAGAAGCCCUCCGAUAUCAUGACUCCUAUGAGGUCGCCGCUGCCAUGACCAAUGCCAGGGACAAAGUCAAGAGAUCGCAAGAGAUGAUCAAGGUCAUUGAAGAAUGCUACAACUGCAUAGAGAUCGUCGCACUACAAGGUAUCAAAUGGGUCGGCGAAACGUGUGCUACGAAUUGGAGUGUGGAACAUCCUCUGUGCGGUCUGGACCUGAUGGUCAUUCUCAGUCUCUGGCUUUACCGGUUAGAGCAUGAUGAAGUAGAAGCAACCACGGAAGAACUGGCCAUGUACAACAAAGUUCGAAACCUUUUCGACGAUGAGUCGGUAGAUGGGUACAGCUCAAAGCUAAGUUCGACUGUCGCUCGACUAUGGGGUAGCAUGCUUGACGAGGUGGUCGUCUGGGGAAUCACCAAGCUUAUGGGCGAGUCGUUCAAACUCCAUUCGCAGGCACUUGCCGGCUACGAAGAUGCCGUUGCCUCUGGAACAAACGCCAGCACACCCACGAUGUCCUCCCAAGGUGUGGACCUCGACAUGGACACUACGUUCCAAAGCAUUCAGGCUUGA